GAGCGAACUUGGAAUGACUGUUUGCGUCCUAAAAACUACCUAGUCUGCAUGUUGACAUCUUAUAGGUUUUUUUUUAGAUUUCAUCGGUUUUUUACAUGAUGCCGAUAAGCUUGCAGCACCGCAAUCAAGGUGAACAAGAAUGACAAAGUUAGCUGUAAAAAUCUUUUUCGGUUCGGCAACACUGUAGACAGGUUAUGGUCGAAUGUCAAAUACUUGUUUUCGAAAUUUGAAAACAUAAUGUUGAAAAAAUCGGUCCUUCUAUUAAAAUCACAAAAAGACGAGGGUGCCAACGAUAAGUACGAAGACUUGCUAAAAUCGAAUGGAUUCAAAGUAUGUCAAGUGAAAACUUUGAUUUUUGAUUUCAAAAAUAUUGAUUGGUUAAAAGACAAGUUGUUGAAUAGUGAAAAAUAUGCCGGGAUAGUAUUUUCCAGCCCUCGAUGUGUGCAAGCCGUAUGUCUGGCAAUCGAGGACAACAGAGAGGUCAUGGACAACUGGCAAGCAAAGUAUAAUUAUGUGGUAGGCGAAGCAACAUAUAGUGAAGCCCUAGAGAAAACUGGGCUACGAUGUAAGGGAAAAGAAGCUGGAAAUGCAGCAAAUUUGGCAAAAAUUAUUUUGCAAUGUAAAGAUCAGUUGGAAAAACCAUUGCUGUUUCCUCAUGGCAAUUUGAAAACCGAUACAUUGAAAAAUGAACUGGGCAAAGAAGGAGUAGAUAUAGAAGGAGUUUUGGUUUACGAGACUAUACCGAAUCCAGGAAUUGAGGCAGAGAUUAAAAGAGCGACUAAUGAUUUUAGCAACAUACAGGAAUAUAUUGUGUUUUUCAGCCCUUCGGGAGUUUAUAGCUCCUUAAAAUUCCUGAAGGAUAUCAAAGAUUUUUCCAAUGCAAAGGUUGGUGAUAUGAUAUUGAAAAUCUUCAUUUUUGCCUCGAAAAUGUGUUUUUGUAGCUGAUUGCAAUCGGUCCAGUGACAGAAAAUGCUAUGCUAGAUGAAAAAUUGAAUAUUUUUGGAGUGACAAAGAAUCCUACACCUCAAGAUGUUUUAGAUCUUAUUCUCCAAGGCUGAUGUUUUAUAUAUUUACAAGAAAGACUGAAACCAAGCUGUUUUAGAUUUAAAUAUACAAUUUGUUAUAUUUAUUAUCAUUGUUUACUUCAUCCUGCAAAAUUUAAUCUGUAACAGCCAUAUCAAAUAUACCAAAGUAUCUAUCUAUGAGUACACUAGAAUUUCCAGUGUCCAGGUUUCCUGGAUUUGGGGGCCCUGAUGUUAGAUCCCUCAUUGGGUGCCAAAUUAAAAAUGUUUUAAAAAGAGACAUUUGAGUAGAAUGAAUAAUAAGAUGCCUCAGGGCUCAAAUCUAGGGCCCCUAUUGUUCAAAAUAUACUAAGCGACAUUAGAAGUGGGAUUUUUUGGCAAUGAGGUAGUCUUACAUCAAGAACGAAGCGAUAAAAUUCUCACGAAAUUUUAUUGACAACUACUAAGGAAAAAAAUUAAUGUGUUGAGUGACCAGCAGCUGAAUACACUCCUGUAUAUGUUUAGGCAAUGACAAAAUGAAAUGUUAAUAAAGACGUCAUUUUUUAGUCAAUGAUGUUUCUGUUCGAAAGUGACCAAAAAUGACGUCAUCAGAGUCACUGGGGUUAGAUUAAAACAUAAGUAAAUAUUGGUAAAGCUACAAAUAUUAAAUGAAAAAAUCCAUACGAUAGUAAUAAACAAAUUUAUUCAAAAUUACAGUAACUCAUUUAAAGAAUAAAUA